CAAUAAUGUAUUUCACAACCUUUGCUCGUAGGAAAAUCAGCAUGCUCAUGAAAAAACUAGGUUUAUUCAGUCAUUCAAAGAACUCGUACAAUCGAAUUGACUCUACUGAAAGCUCCAAGACCCGCAAAGUUCUAAAAGGUCAUAUAGGUAUGUACGUGGGAGAAGAGAGGAAGAGAUACGAAGUUCCAGUGAAGUAUCUAUCAUUACCAGCAUUCCAAGAAUUGUUUGUGCAGUCACAAGAAGAUGAGCUUGAAGCAAAAAUAGAAGGUCCCAUGAUGCUUGCAUGCAAAACAGAAGAAUUUGAUCAGUUAUUAAAGCUAGCCAAGGUGCAAUAAUAAAAGAGUUUGCGCUGUUGCCUGUCAAUAACAAUCUUGAGAGCUGCCACUUCAUAUUGAAGUACAGAAGUUAAAACCGUGCCCAUAUCUCCUC